AUGAUUGGCCACUACCACCGCCAAACAAUGCUUGCCAAUCCAUGUUCGAGAUCUUCCUCAGCACUCGCUGCACCGCCUCAGUCGGCUCCACCAAUCAUGGUCUCAGCCUCCUCAAUGCCAUAUCCAGAAGGUCGCGCUCAUGUAAGACAUCUGCAGCCUUAG